CGUUCAUGCAGGUUUAGGAAAGAAAUAUGGGAAAACUUCCGAAGAUUUCACGAGAGACUGAAUGCCCGCCGAGGUGGAAGGAGUGGGGGUUUACGUCAAUGCACGGAGGGGAAGGCAUCCCUGCAAAUUCCAACCCCCGUGCAUCUUGGUCAGCCUUAGAACUUAAAACACAUAACAGAGUGACAAAGGCCGAACCUUCCGCCGGCUUCUACUGGUGUUGGCUUUGGGGAAAGAUGUUUAUCUGCAGUAAUACUAAAGAAGUGCACAUUUCCACUGCCAAUCUUAUUUGCAGCGUUCUUUUCAGUUUCAGGCCCAUGCAGAUGCUCAUGCAAGUCGACAAGGUGACAUAGAUUGACUCGGCGUAAUUGGUAGACACAGUGGCAAAAGGCUGAGUUUUCAGAUUAGCAGAAUCUCUGUAGAAUUAAGAUUUUUGGUCUUGGUGGGGACGCUGAAAGCGAACGAUACGUAAUCUGAUGAAACAGCCGAGGUAGUUGCGAGAACUUUUGUAGAAGUUUCCGUCAGGUCUUGUAUCCUCCACGCUUUAAACGAA